UUUCUAAUUAACAAAACAUGAGGUUUAGCAUUCGUUGUCCCAGAAAAAACCGGUAAUCUCCAAAUCUUCUCCUCACAUGGCGUCGAUGACCCAUGAUAGUGCUAAGCUGCAGCGAAACGCUCGAACGGUCCUCCUCGUGCGCCCCACCUUCCAAGCCCUUGAAGAUCUCAUGUCCAAAAGCUUCCACAUCCUCAAAGCGUGGGAGUCGCCGCUGCCCCUACCCGAGUUCUUGGCUGCACAGGCCGGUGCUGUCCGAGCGCUGUUGAUCCGUGGCAACGGCAGUGUUUCCGUUGACGCUAAGCUCCUCUCAAGUCUUCCGAGUCUCCGACUCAUUGUGACCAAUUCCGUUGGUGUGGACUUCAUCGACAUGGCGGAGUGCGCCAGGAGAGGCAUCUCCGUCGCCAAUGCUGGAAACGUGUUAACGGAGGACGUGGCUGAGUAUGCUUUUGGUCUCCUUAUGGACGUCCUCCGCCGUAUAUCCGCCGCCAAUCGAUACGUUAGCGCUGGCCUCUGGCCGCUUACGGACGAUUUCCCUCUUGGCUCCAAGCUAGGAGGCAAGCGAGUUGGGAUCGUUGGGCUGGGGAGGAUUGGAUCAGCGAUCGCUAAGAGACUCGACGCAUUUGGCUGUAUCAUCUCCUACCACUCCCGAAAACAGAAGCCAUCCUCCUACACAUUCUACCCAAACGCAAGGAGUCUAGCAGCGCACAAUGAUAUUCUCGUUGUCUGCUGUGCUCUCAAUAACAACAGCUAUCACAUAAUUGACAGAGAUGUCAUGGAAGCACUGGGGAAGGAGGGGAUCAUAAUAAAUGUUGGCAGAGGCGCUCUGAUUGAUGAAGAUGAACUGGUCAGGAGGUUGGUGCAGGGAGAGAUCGGUGGUGCUGGGCUUGAUGUGUUUGAGAAUGAACCAGCUGUGCCCAAGGAGCUUUUCAGCAUGGAUAAGGUUGUGCUAUCCCCCCAUCGUGCUGUUUUUACUCAUGAAUCAUUUGCUGACCAUUUCCAACUUAUGCUUGAUAACCUGGAGGCUUUUUUCUCAAAUAGGCCUCUGAUCAGCGAAGUGACCGAGAUUUAAGUGAACCUGAGAUUGCCAAGUGAUUGUAAGUUUGCAGCAUCACUACAUAAAUUUUUUAUACCACUAAAUUCUCAAACACAUAUGCUUCAAUUUUUACAUGUAUAUGUCAGUUAUCUAUGCAUGAAGAAG